GCAGAAUUAUAGAGAGAGAAAGUGGUUAAAAGAGAGUCCUAACCCAAAAAAAAGUUGGAAAUAUAGAGAGAGAAAGUGGAUAAAAGAAAGUCCUGCAGAAGCUCAAAGAGCUGAUGAGAUACUCUAUUGUUUCUGAUCUUGGCUUCUUAUAGAAGAAGACUGUCCUGUUGUUUGGGCUCGUCCAAUCGAUUCGAAGCUGGUGUUAGUAUUAGAAUACUAAACUUAAUUUAUGAUAAAUACUGAAAAUUUGGAAUCUUUAUGAUUGGGGAAUAAGAAAAUGGAGAAAUGCUGUGAAUUCUGUAUGGCAUUAAGGCCAGUUAUUUACUGUAAGGCAGAUGCAGCACAUCUUUGCCUUUGUUGUGAUGCUAAGGUUCAUUCAGCUAAUGCUCUUUCCAACCGGCAUUCCCGUACCCUUGUGUGUGAGUCAUGCAGCUACCGCCCAGCUUGUGUUCGAUGUUCGGACCAUAAGAUGUUUAUAUGUCGCGGCUGUGACCAAAGCCUGCACGAGGACCCUUCUCGACAUCAGAAACGAGUUAUCAGUAGUUACAUUGGGUGCCCUUCUGCAAAGGAUCUUGCAUCCUUAUGGGGUUUCGACUUGAAUGAAUUGGACAGUAAUGCUCUUCCAAGUCUGUUUGUUUUCGAAGAUCAAGUUAAUGUGAAUUGUGAUAUUCCAAGACAGUCUCUCCCCCAAGUUCGAGGCUUUGCAUUAGCAUCUAAAGUGAACUCCACGGCUUCAAUAUUUUGUGCAGAAUCUGAAGUUGGAUCAAGCAAUCAAAAUAGUAAGCAGCAAAAUACUCGCCUUAUUCUGCAACAAAUUAUUGACUUGAAAAGGCUUCAGCUUACUGAGGACAGCAACCCGACUUUGAUACGUGGCCAAGCACAAACUAACAUAUCUUCAUCUGAAUAUGAUAAAUCACAGAAUAUUGAAAGAAAUCUUGAUCAGCAUUUGCAGCAUUCUCUUGGUCAUGGUGCUGAUCUUCUGCAAAUGGAUAGUCCACAUCAGGAACUAAAUGUAGAGCCUUUUCCUUUGCCAUUUUCUCAAUUGGAGCACUUAAUAUAUCCAUCUGCUGUAGGAAACUCUUUGAAUGAGGAUAUCUUUUGGCAAUGCAAAAGUCCAGUUCAGAAUGGCCAGUUGUGGUCUCAAAAUAUGCAAGACCUUGGAGUUUGUGAAGAAAUGGGCUUCUUUGAUGAUUUUAACAUACCCAAUCUUGAUUUGACAUUCCGAAACUUUGAAGAACUCUUUGGAGGUGAUCAAGAUCCCACUAGUGCACUGCCAGAUGACAAAGAUAAUACAUGUUCCUCCACGGAGAAGGAUACAGUUCUGGAUAGAUCAUAUAAUGACUAUGCAGUAGAAACAGAGGAUACCUCAGUAACUUCGUCUGUUUACAUCACACGGUCAUCUCAUGCAGACAAAGAUGCAUUUAUCUCUGACCAAGAUAACCGCUUUUCUAGAAGUGGUGAUUUUCCUUGUUCAACCUUAUCAUUCUCACUUUCAAGGCUCAGUGCUGAAAGCAGUGAUACCGGUUACAUGGAUAGCAUUCUCUCACCCAUCAUUGCUGGACAGGAACUUCCAUAUAAUUUCCCCGACCUGGGAUGCAAGGAGAAAAAAAAAGGUCGAUUGUAUGAGAAACAAAUUCGGUAUGCAUCCGGGAAAGCCAGAGCUGAUGCACAGAAGCGUGUAUAAGGGAAAAUUUGUGAAGGAAGAGGGCUAUGAUUCUGACACCUUGGAUGUGUGACAUGAAACAAUUGAUGUUACUUCCGUUUUUCACCAUCUUGGUGCUGCACAUAAAUCAAUUCUAAGGCAAUUCAAUGGCAUGUCUACUAGUAUUCUCUUGUUUGCAACUUCAAUUCAAUCUAUUCUUUCAGUCCUUAAUGUGUAUCACCUGUUUUUCAGUUCUAGGAGAGAGCAAGACUUGAAACUUCUCGGGGGUUUGAAGUUUUAUUAGUGCAGCUUUAAUCAGAAAUACUGUAGCAUGAACUUCUGCUCAAUCCCAUUAUAUACACACACACACACACACACAAGGCUGUAAACAGUGAUUAUUUUGAAUAGACCUUAGCGAGCUGUAAGAACUAUGGCAGGCAGUGUGAUACCCCUCGAUUCUAGAGCCACGGGUGAUCAAGUCCGAGCACAGAAUACAAGGGAUAUCAAACAAUUAAUAUUUAAACAAGCAUUGGAAUACAAGAUGAAUUAAAAAUAGAUAGAUAAACUGAAAAAAAAACUAAAUAAUAAUUAAAAAUCCCAUACUAAAGUUCUCUAAUCCUCUUAUAUAAGUAAUU